UCAUAUAAAUUAAUAAGAAGCACAAUUAAGAUUGAGAGAGAGAGAGAGAGAGGGAGGGGGAUUCUAAAGUAUUGAACUCACAAUUAUUUGUCAAUGCAUGGAGGCCCUGUCAACAUUUUUGGGCUCGAGCAAUGUUAUUACAGGAUUCAACACAAGUGCUCUCAAUGAUCAUAGUAAGACUCGUCCAUGUUGUUUGAUGAUGAAGAUGAAGGGCAUGAUGAAGAUGGACAGUUCGACGAUUAACGGUUCGUCCUCUUCGACGUCGAGCACGUGUCCGUUGAAUCAGAAUCAAGCAGCGGCAGCGACAGCAGCAGCGACGGGUGUGUUUGAUUAUAAGAAGAAGAAGAAGAAGAAAGAUUCUGUCAGUGCAGAGGAGAUGGAUCACUGGAUCAGAGAUUCCAUUGGUGAGAUUGUGAAGAACAUCAGGGAAACCCCAGUACUAGUAGAAAUCUCCUCUCAGGGACCCUCUUCGAUCCCUCAGCUACACGCAACCGAAGCCUCCCCUGAGAACUGGCCUCUCAUCAAAAACAAAUGGAACCGAACCGAUUCGACACCCGACGGUCUCAUGCUAAUCGAACAACUCAAUCACAGCAGCAACGACGACGACGAUGAGAGUGACAUCAAGAAUCAGACAUGGGGUCUGGCCGUCCAAGGCCGAGGCUUGGGCUGUGCUCCUUCCUGCUACAUUCUCAACACCUGCAGGGUGAGGUCAUCGUCGGGAUUCUGCACGUAUUUUUGUUUGAUAAGAGCAAAAUGCUCCGGGGGGAGCUUAGGUAGGCAGGUCGAUAGAGCCUGGCUGCACUGAUUCAGUGGAAGAAAUGUUAGCAGAGUCUCAUCAGGAUGGAUAAUAUCUCUCUGAUCAGUUUCGCAUUGGAUUGUAAAACUAUUCCAUCAAUGAAGUGUAAAUUUUUGCAGGAUA